CACCCCCCUAAACCCCGGCCCCCCCCCCCUCCCCUCCCCUCCCCUCUUCGCCAUGGCCGGCGCCGCCCGGAAGCCCUAGGAUCCGAAUCCCCCCGACGACCGGCCCGGAACCCGAACCAUGGGCGCGGCGCUCUCGGGCGGCAACGGCUCCGGCGUGGGCCCGGGCCUCGGCGACAUACCGGAGAGCUGCGUCGCCUGCGUGUUCCUCUACCUGACGCCCCCCGAGAUUUGCAACCUGGCGCGGCUCAACCGGGCCUUCCGCGGCGCCGCCUCCUCCGACGCCGUCUGGGAGGCGAAGCUGCCGGCGAACUACCACGAUCUGCUCGACCUGCUGCCCCCCGAGCGGUACCGGAACCUGUCCAAGAAGGACAUCUUCGCCCUCCUGUCCCGUCCUGUCCCGGUCGGUGACGGCAAUAAGGAAGUGUGGCUGGACAGAGUGACCGGUAGAGUUUGUAUGUCGAUAUCGGCGAGGGCGAUGGCGAUAACAGGAAUUGAGGACAGAAGAUACUGGAACUGGCUUCCCACCGAAGAAUCCAGAUUCCAUGAGGUGGCCUAUUUGCAGCAGAUAUGGUGGUUCGAGGUUGAUGGGGCAGUAAAAUUCCCUUUCCCUGCUGAUAUAUACACUAUUUCCUUCAGACUACACCUUGGAAAAUUUUCCAAAAGGCUGGGACGACGAGUCUGCUAUUUCGAGCAUACCCAUGGUUGGGAUAUAAAGCCAGUGAAGUUUGAAUUGUCUACUUCGGAUGGUCAACAAGCAUCAAGUGAGUGCCGCUUGGAUGAUACUGUGCAAGACGAGAUCAAUGGAAAUCAUAAGCGUGGAUGCUGGAUAGAUUACAAAGUAGGUGAAUUUAUAGUAAGUCACACGGAUCCGGCAACGGAAGUAAGAUUUUCCAUGAAACAGAUUGAUUGCACGCAUUCCAAAGGUGGUCUUUGUGUAGAUGCUGUAUAUAUCGUUCCCAGUGAUUUGAGACAGCGUAAAAGAAGAGUUCUGAAGUAGCCACACAGUUCAAUUGGCUCUCUGUUCAACAUACUGUGAUCGUAGCUGAUUCUUAGUAUGAUUUUGACACAGCUCAUACCUUUUCAAGGCGUCGAGGUUUUAGAGGAUAACAUCUAUGUGGUUUUUGGAUUAGGUAUGUAUCCUCUAUUGUUUAUGUAAUCUUCACCUUGUAUUUUGAUUUUUUUUUGUUUUACUUUUCCCAUUUUCAGGAGCAACAGAAUGUGCUUUUUAUAUAACAACUCGCUUUCUCUAGGCCUUUUCUUUGCUGAUAUAUUUUUUUAUGCAAAAGACAGCAUCAGCUCUGAUGCUAAAGAGGUGUAAAGUUGUAUUUACCAUGAGCUUCAAAUUUGACCUUUCUUUGCUAAA